ACCGGCUCACCCGCCCUGGGCCGGACGAGGUGGCUGGGGCCGGGGCUGGCAUGAAGGGCAGUCUGUCAGCUGCCCAUUGAAGAGCUGCAUUGCUGUCAUUCCGACCAGGGGGGUCGCUAGCUGAUAUCACCAGUGAAAAUGUAUGCCUGAGACCCUCGGUAACUUCAACAGCCUACGAUGGCGGGGGAGAUCUUCACUAAUGUGGAUAGCCUGUGCAACGUGGAAUGCACUAACCUGCACCCUUUGGUGUGUCACCUGUGCCACGAGCAGUACAAGCAUCCGUGCCUUUUGGACUGCUACCACAUCUUCUGCGCCCGCUGUCUGUGCGGACAGACCAAUGAAGGCCGCCUCAGCUGCCCCCUCUGUGGGUUCCCCUCGGUGAUAAAGGGGGCCAACGCGCUGCCCCCGGAGGACCCACUCCUCCGGUUCCUGGUGGACAACAGUGCGGACUCAGAGCAGGCGGUGCAGUGCGCUAACUGUGACCACGAGAGUGACCAGAAGGACACCGGGGGGAUGUUCUUCUGCAACACGUGCGCCCAGCCGCUGUGCGGUGCGUGCAGGGAGACCACCCAUAGGGCCCGUAUGUUCUCCCACCACGACAUCGUGUCCCUGGCCAAGCGCGCCAAAGGAACCCACAGGAAGUGCUCUCUCCACGAGGAGCCCUACAUCUUGUUCUCCACGGAGAAGAAAUCCAUGCUCUGCAUCAAGUGCUUCAGAGACAUGCAAGGGGAGAAUCGAACCCACUGCAUUGACAUCGAGACCGCCUACGCACAGGGAUGUGAGAUGUUGGACCAGGCGGUGUUGGCGGUGAAGGAGCUUCAGACUUCCACGCGGGAGGCCAUCGUGUUACUCAGCGCCAUGAUCGGGGAGGUGUGCCACAACGUGAAGGAGGAGGAGAGCGCCAUCUGCAGCCUGUUUAACAGCCUGCAGGAGAAGCUAGCGGAGAGGAAAAAGCUUCUCCUUAAAGCCGCUCAGAGUCAACAUGAGGAGAAGGAGAAGGCCCUGAAGGAGCAGCUCUCCCACCUCGCUGCUCUCCUUCCCACACUGCAGGUCCACCUGGUCACCUGCUCCGCCUUCCUCUGCUCCGCCAACAAGUUUGAGUUCCUGGACAUGGGCUACCAACUCAUGGAGAGGCUGAAGCGGAUCGUGAAGCUGCCCCACCGCCUCAGACCGGUUCAGAGCAGCAAGAUCAACACGGACUUCAGGAGUGAGUUUGCUCGCUGUCUGGAGUCCUUCCUGCUGAUUGGCCCACGCUGUCCAGCCUCCAUCCCUGGCUCCUCCACCAUGGCCGUCCGGCUGCAGUCGCCCCUCUCCAUGUCGUGCCGCUCCCCUGCCCUGAGUGACCUGGCGGGGGGCUCCCUCCUGGGGGGCUCCCUCCUGGGGGGGUCCCUCCUGGGGGGGUCCCUCCUGGGCCGCCGGCCCACCCAGCACCGCUACAUCUGCACCAAGGUGCUGCUGGCGGAGGGGGGGGAGACGCCCUUCACCGAGCACUGCCGCAACUACGAGAACUCCUACCGGAGCCUCCAGGGGGACAUCCAGGGCCUGAAGGACCGGGUUCAGGAGCUGCACCGGGACCUGACCAAGCACCACUCGGUCAUCAACGCGGCCACCAUGGGCGAGGUGCUGGAGCGCUCGCUGGGCAUCGACCGGCUCAUCGCCGCCCAGCACGCCGCCGUGGACACCAUGCGCCUCCUGUUUGAAGAGAUCUGGGACGAGACCUUCCAGAGAGUUUCUAAUGAGCAGGAGAUCUACGAGGCUCAGCUCCAUGACCUGCUGCAGCUGAAGCAGGAGAACUGCUACCUGACCACCAUCGCCCGGCAGAUCAGCCCCUACAUCCACUCCAUCGCCAAGGUGCAGGAGCGCCUGGAGCCCAGGUUGAAGGAACCGGGGGAUCUCCAUGACAACCGUACCGAGAGGAUGCUACAGAUCUAUGAGGACAGCGGUGCUGAGCCCGGAGAGAAGCCAGAAAGCGGGCCCCAGACCCUCCUCAUGAUCCGGGACCGACCGGACCGGACCCCCCCCUCGGUGACCCCCGCCGCCGUGACCCCCGCCUCCGCGACCCCCGCCGCCGUGACCCCCGCCGCCGUGACCCCCGCCGCCGUGACCCCCGCCUCGGUGACCCCCGCCUCGGUGACCCCCCCCUCCGGGGUCCCGGGGCCAGAAGAGAGUACCGUCAGAACCAGCGACCCCAAGGGGAGGAGCGGCCCCUCUGGGACGGCCCAGCCUCCCCCCUAG